AUAUAUGGCACCCGAAAAGUUGGAACACGGUGAUAAAAAACGAUAUAAUGUUAAAUGUGAAAUUUAUAGCUUGGGAGCUCUUUUAUGGGAAAUUGCUGAAGAAGAGAUACCUUAUACAAGAUUAAAAAUAGAUUUACAGACUAUUCGAGAUAAGGUUGUUAAAGAUAAAUAUCGUGAACCAUUUUCUUCAAAUGUACCUAAAGUUUGGCAAGACAUUGCAUAUGCAGCUCUAGCUCAAAAUCCAGAUUUCCGUCCAACUAUUGCUAAAAUAUUCACAGUCCUUUAUGAUUAUCAUCACAGAUAUGAACAAAAAGAAAUCCAAUAUAUGGGAGAUGAAUUUGAAGAUGCUUUUAUAAUUGAUGAUAAUAGUAUAAUGAAUGUAGAUCAAGCAAUUGAAGAACAUCGAAAAUCAGACGGAAAUAAGCAAAAAGCAUGGGAUAGCUUUAAGUUCCACGCAGAACAGGGUGACAUAAUUGCCAAAUACUGGGUUGGUUAUUAUCUAUAUCAUUCCAUACUUCCUGAGCACGAAGAAAAUCGUCAAGAAAAUCUUGAACGAGCGACGCCAUUGUUUAAAGAAGCUGCUGACAAUGGUAAAGUUGAAGCUCAACUCCGAUAUGGAUUCUGUUUGUGGCAGGGCGACGGUGUUAAAAUUAAUUGGGGUGAGGCUAUGAGAUACUUAAAAAUGGCAGCUGAUAAUGGAAAUCCUACAGCUAUGUAUAAUGUUGGAAGUGCUUACUGGAUUGGAAAAGGAAUAAUAAAAGAUCAAGAAAUUGGUUCCAAGUAUUUGAAAAUGGCUGCUAAGAAGGAUCAACCUAAUGCUAUUGCUAUAUGCAAAAAACUUG